AUGUCACAAUUACUUUUGCCUUCACUUGUUUAUAAAAUGUAUACUUCUCGUUGAAUGAUCACACCAUCUUGUAUUAAGUUUCUUACUAUUAAUAUUCCUUUAAAAAUGGCUUCAAUUCGCUCUCAAUCAUAUUCUAUUGAAGAAGAUAAACACUUAUGUCAUGUGUAUCUUGAUGUUUCUCAAAAUCCAAUCAUAGGGAUAAACCAAUCAGGCGAUCAGUUUUGGACAAGAGUUCAAACUGAAUAUGAAAAAUCUGAGAUUUCUCUUACCCAACCAAGACCGAGAAGAUCUUUGCAAACCCGAAUGACGAUAAUUCUUUCUGCAGUCUCCAAGCUGAGAGGAUGUGUUAACCAGAUUGAAAAUAAAAAUCCCAGCGAUGCUUCCGAACAAGACAUUUUAAACCAAGCGAAGAUGUUAUUGACACAAGAUGUCAAAUACAAGAAAGGGUUCAAAUUUGAUCACGUCUGGCCAAUCCUUAAAGGUAUUGAAAAAUUUUCAAAUAACCACAGCAACAGAGCCAUUGCAUUCUCAGAAGAAAGUCGUAAUGCCAAAUCGUCUUCAUCAAACCAAGAUGAGUCAUCGCCAUCCCUUGGUAUGAAUUCCUUCGAUCUAAAUUUAAAUAGUGAAGAAUCCGGUGGUAAUUUAUCAAAGAGACCAAUGGGUGUGAAAAAAGCAAAGAAAAAACAACACUCUGAUGAACAAUUUAAACAAAUGAUGGAGCAAAAUGAUAAGCUUCUAAAAGCUAUGGUUAAAGGUACUUCUCAAAGAAACGAAAUUAAAAGACAGAAAGUAGAGUUACAAAGAAAGAAACAUGAGCGAAAAAUGUUACUCGCGGAUUUGAGUUCUAUAACUGAUCCAGCAAGACGUGCGUACAUUGAAAAUGAAAGAGCGGUGAUUCUAAGUAGAGGAGUACCAACAACCCAAUAUGAAGAACACGGAGAAGGUUCUCAAAGCCAAUAUCAUGGAUCCCAAUAUCGAGUAUAUGAAGCUCAAAGAGACCAAGCUCAAGGGGAUCAAGCUCAAGGAAGUCAAGUUCAAGGACAACAACCUCAAGAUGAAGACCCAAAAUCACCAAGUGAGCAACAAGAUUUUUCCCAGUACUAUAAUUUGCUUAGCGGAGACGGAAAUGGAUUUCCUGGAAUUUAUUAGAUUAUUAUUAGAAUUUAUAUUUUGUGUGUUUUAUGUGUAUUUUUUUAAUUAUGUAAUUUUUGUGUGUUUGAUUUUAAUUGAUAAUUUUCUGUGUGUUUAAUUUUAAUUAUGUAAUUUUAUGUGUUUUUAAUUUUAAUUAUGUAAUUUUAUGUGUGUUUAAUUUUAAUUAUGUAAUAAUAUGUUUUUAAUAAUUUAUUAUUUUAGUUGAUGGUA